AUUUAGUAGCGUGGUCAGUCGUUUUCUAUAAUUAAAAAUCGAUUUUACAUAAUUAAAUAACGAUUAAACGCGUUAUUACUCAGUCUUUGAAUGCAUACUGUGGUGUCUUGAACAAAAUAUGUAGUAGAAAUGUUUACUUAUGUGUUUAAAUUGAAACAUUUAAUUAACGAAAAUACGGGUAGAUAUAAAAAAGCGAGCCAUAGUGACAUUGUAUGUUGUAUUCUGAUGCAAAGUUUAUAAGCCUGAACGCUUCUUUAGAACAUAUGUAACAGUUUAUGGAAAAAUAACAAGUGCAGUUAUAAGUGGAAAUUACCGAAGCCUAUAUAUUAUUCAGUAAUUGGCCGCCCCAAUUAAUUUUAUCAGAACAUAUCGAUCGGUAAAGGUCUAAAUAACAUGGGCCCAGAUAAUUGUAUCUUAAAAUGCGUUUGAAAAAGACGUUGUUAUUGUUCGAAAACGAUUUCCAAAGACGUACACGUGAUAAUGAUGAAGACAUUCCUUUGUUACGAGACGAGGAAAUCGAUGGUGAUGACCGGCCUCAGACGCCGUCCAGUCAGCAGUUCAACGUGAUAAGACGCGUCUACCACCAGGAUGUACUUAAUAAGGAUGCUGACUAUCAUUUGCCUGAAAAGCCUCUGAGCUAUUCGGCCAAAAAAGCGGUCCAGAGUUGCGGUUUUGGGGACUGUCUAUUUAAUUCGUUGCCAAUCAUAAAAUGGCUACCUGCUUACAAACCGAAGACAGAUCUGAUUGGCGAUUUGGUCGCCGGCGCCACCACAGCUGUUAUGCACAUACCACAAGGAAUGGCGUAUGCGCUGUUAGCUCAGGUGCCACCAAUCAUAGGGCUUUACAUGGCAUUCUUUCCCGUUCUUGUAUAUGUUGUGUUCGGAACUUCGCCCCAUGUGUCGAUGGGAACUUUUGCUGUAGCUUGCUUAAUGGCUGGAAAGGUUGUAACCGAGCACGGAGCACAUGAAGUCCCAAUAAAUGGGACAGAUAUUGCUGAAGCGACGUUACAAAUGACAUCGCAGUACUCACAUGUACAGGUGCUUAGUACACUCACAUUCGCUGUUGGAUUAAUACAGAUAAUGAUGUGGGUACUACGUCUUGGAGCGGUGUCAACGUUACUCUCAGAGCCUCUGGUCUCUGGAUUUACAACAGCUGCAUCCUUACACGUGUUAGCUUCACAAGUCAAGGACCUCUUCGGGAUAAGACUGCCUAAACUAGGAAGCAACUAUAAAGUCGUCUUGACUGUCAUAGAAGUGUUCAAAAACAUGUCGAAUUUGAAUUGGGCUGCGCUAAUAAUCUCGUUCAUCACAUGUCUCGUCAUAUCACUCAAUAAUGAAUUACUUAAGCCUUGGGUCAGCAAGCGAAGCAGGGUGCCGGUGCCCAUAGAGUUACUGGCGAUAGUUAUAGGCACUCUAGUGUCUAAAUUCGUUGAUCUUAAAACUAACUACGGUCUUUCAUUAGUUGGUACUAUACCUACUGGUCUCCCAGUACCAGAAGUACCACCAAUGCAGCUCCUCCCAGAUAUAGCUUUAGACGCGUUCACAAUAACAAUGGUCACUUACACGAUAUCCAUGUCUAUGUCACUGAUAUUCGCAGCCAAGGAGAAAUAUGAAGUUGAUGCUAAUCAAGAACUGUUAGCGCUGGGAGCGAGUAACAUGUUCGGUGCGUUCUUUACGUGCGCUCCAAUGUGUGCCAGUUUGUCACGGUCAUACAUACAGUACCAGGCGGGUGGUAAGACUGGUAUAACGUCAGUAGUGAGUGGGGCGUUAAUUCUGUGCGUACUUCUAUGGGUUGGGCCUUUCUUCGAGCUGCUGCCACGCUGCGUCCUGGCUUCCAUCAUCGCUGUCUCGCUCAAAGGCAUGUUCAUGCAAGUCACAGAACUCGCCAAAUUCUGGCGACUAAGUAAACUUGACGCAUUAGUGUGGCUUGCUACAUUUUUGACAACUGUCCUCAUAGACAUUGAUAUCGGGCUUGGUGCGGGUCUUCUAGCCUCAGUGGGAGCUUUGUUCGUGCGAUCUCAGCGACCGUAUACCUGCUUAUUAGGAAGAGUUCUUGAUACAGACCUCUACCUCGAUAUCAAACGGUACCGUGCGGCGGAUGAACUUCCCGGGGUAAAAAUAUUCCACUACUGUGGUGGACUCAACUUUGCAAGUAAGAACCUCUUUAGAGCCACACUGUUCAGGAAAAUUGGCUACUUGAAGGAGACAGACGAAGGGAACCUCACUAACAAGAGUGAGUCAUACGAUUGGGACUCAACGCUUGGCAGAAAGAUAAACUGUGUAAUAAUAGACGCGACUGCACUAUCUUAUGUUGACGCGCCGGGGAUCAAAAGCCUUCUCUCCGCUCAGCAAGAACUCGUCAGCAGUCACAUCACCGUACUCUUAGCUGGCGCUAACGGUCCCGUUCUAGAAAUGAUAGAGAAGUACAAUUCUUUAGAGUCAGAGCAAUUGCAAGUGGAGACAUUCCCGACGGUCCACGACGCCGUCGUCUACUACAAGAUGUUAGAGAUCAAGAAGGAACCCACCAUCACCAUUGCCACGUGAUUACCAUAAUUUUUUGGUCCUUUACUACUUACUGUGAUAGAAUUUCUAUCACUAUUUUUUAAAAUUUUCCACCACUAAUAUUGAAAUAGGAUUUUUUUACCGCUAAUUUUGUGAUAAACAUUAUUGUAUUCACAAUACUUUGUAACAUUUUAUCACAAAUGGUUUAUCAAGUUAGUAUACAGUUACUGCCGUUCUAAUACAGGUUAGUAAACGUUAUUAAAGUUAUACAUCACUUAGAUAUUCAAUGUUUUGCCCAAUCUCAUUACUCAAAUAAUAAAGUGUCGUUUUACAAAGUAUGUUUAUAAAUAGGACCCUUAUUUUAAUGUUACUAAGGGUUAAAAUCAGAGUCGAUAUUUGCGACUUAAAACAAUAAAUAUAUAAAUAUAAAUUUUUGACAUACGGAAAUUGUACUUAGCGGUAAGUCUCGUUAAUCCUAUAUAUAUGUCAUCGGAACAAAAUCCGCAAUUUAUAAACUUUCGUAGGAUUCUAAACGAGAGAAUAUUUGUAUUAUUGUACGCCCACAUUUUCAAAAUUCAAUUUGCGACGUCUUGUGGUGAAGCUAUCAACUAACGGAUAUCCAUUCGUAAGAUUCUACGGCUAGGUUUGGUUAUUUAUCGCUUACUUAUUAUUUUACGCGUGAGUUCAGCAAGUUUGUCAAUUUGCGAAAAUGUGGGCGUAAAAUAAUACAAUUUCCUAGGAAAUUUAUAAAAAUAAAAAUGUGUUGUUUUCGUGCGUCACGCGAGAUGUACGCUGCCAUAUACGAGUAUUUUAGAUUUUAACAAAUAUUUAUGAUUCUACUAUGGCUAUGGGUGAUAUAUGCAAUUGUUGCCAAUUUUCGUGUACCCCUGCUAUCGGAUAGACAGAGCUAUAAUCGCUUUAUACCUAUCUAUCUGAUACGGUUGUGAGACUUAGGCCCAUAUUCAAUAUACAUUAGGUCGUUGAGCAUUGGCGGACUUUAUAUAGAAAUCAUUGCCUUGACACUUAUGUUGGCCAAACAAACUGUUAAUGAAUUAUGGAUUUAUUCCAAUAUAAGUCUAGACCAGUGUUUCCCAAAGUGGGGCCCACGCCCUCAAGGGGGCAAUUUGAAUAACAAUAUCCACUUGGAUUUAAGAAAUUGUUAUAUAAAAUUUCUUAAAUCAAAUCAAAUUCAUUUAUUCAUAUAG